CAGCUCCACGGCAGGUAAGACGCUCAGCAACUUGUCGCUGCUCUGCUCGCCUUCAACUUGGACGAGCGACCGUCGGCGCGCGGUCUGGAAUGACCCCCCCCGCCCCCACAAAGUCCGGGUCAGCUGACAUUCCGCCGCGAAUGCCAAUGCAAAGCGAAACCCGGGCCGGCACCCCACCACACUCUCCCUCUGUCUUGCACUGCGGACCCUCCCCGGCCCAGAAGCGCUUGGAGCUGACGCCCUACUGACGGCAGCCCCUCAUCGUCGUCAUGCCCGGUCGCAGAAAGUCGUCCAUUUCCUGCACGGUCCGAGUCGACCUGAAUGAGGUGCUGGAUGUCGAAAUUUUGGACACGAAAAUGUUGUCGGAAAACAAUAUGAUUGACGGGUCCGGGCCUUGUGAGAAAAGUGAUUGCCUUCGGAGUGCGGAGGGGUCGGACCAGGAAAAUCUCCAUCCUGUGACAUUGGAAGACCAGCAGUCAAGUGAACAAGACAAGGAUGAUAAGGACGUGUCGCAGUCAGACUAUGAGGCUCAGAAGAAAGAGCCCAAAGGCUAUGAGUGCAAAUGUUGCCCGUUCUGGUGCCAGAACCUAAAAGACUUUAAAGAUCACGUGGACUCCAGCCAUCCCAAUGUGAUUCUCAAUCCACUGUAUCACUGCGCCGUCUGUGACUUCAACACCCAGAAAUUUGAGCUUCUCACAAAGCACAACAAGAGCCUUCAUCCUGAUGAGAACAACUUCAAAUUCAAGAGGAUCAAGAAGAACAAUCAGACCAUCUUAGAGCAGACAAUCCAAGUCCAGGGUCGUCCCGAUCCCGAAAAACAUUCUGGAAGUGACGCUACCGUGUUCCCGCCCUACUUAUCCAGCACAGUGAACUCACCAGAAUACAUCGAGUCCCUCCGUGGCGGCGGCCGAGUCUCCGACCAGAAGGAUCCGAUCACAGCACUCAACAUCAAUGGCACCGUCAUCAUUCCGGAGCCAUCUGUCCUCCAAGACCUGUCCCACGUCAGCCCUGUGCUCCAGCGCCCGCCCAACUUUAACUGCCAACCGAAAAUAGCCGUUCCUUUGAACAGUACCAAAUACAACCCAUCCCUGGACCACAACCUGACCCUGAUCACCUCCUUUAACAAGUUCCCCUACCCGACGCACGCAGAGCUGUCCUGGCUAACCGCCGCCUCCAAGCACUCAGAGGAACAAAUCAAAGUUUGGUUUACCACCCAGCGGCUCAAGCAGGGCAUCACUUGGUCCCCGGAGGAGGUGGAGGAGGCCAGGAAGAAGAUGUUCAACGGUUCCAUCCCUGCCCCGUCUACGAGUCGAGUCUCUACCCCGUCUGCCGCAGCCUUCCAACAGGCUCCCGUGGAGCGUCGUUUCCCAACAGCCACGCCAAAUUCUGUCAGUGUCAUAUUUGCUGAAAACGUUCCCGCUGAAGUUGCCGUCAGUUCCAGUCACUUGCUUAAACGAUCCCUGAUGACUCAUUGCGGUCCCAAGUCCAAGAGACCUGUCAUGGCAGUCGCCCCUAGUCAAGGAGGCCCUAAAGACAAGGGCCUCAUGGCUCCUGUGCCAACCGUUCCCUCCCAAAAAGAGCACCAUCCAAUGGCUCCACCGUUCACAACGGGUUUGAAGAAGUUGCCCGCUGUUGUGCCUUUAAUGCCGUUAUCAUCACCGUACACAAAGGGGAAGCUUCUCCCUUUGUCAGGAAACCCCAAAACCAAACCGGUGGUGUCACUUCCAUCCAUCGUCUUUCCAGAGUCCUUAACGAGGCCAACGAUUGCGCCGCCACCCAUCUUUGCCCCGCCAUUUAAAAGCUCAUUACUUCUGCCUCGACUUUGCAAAGAGAGGCUCCCUACCCCGUUGCCAGCCGCUAAUGUGACAUUCCCAAAUUCACCUCCACUCGUCACCCCUCAUACAAGGAGGCUCCCCAUCAUCCAGUCCGCGCGCACUCCGGCGAAAACCCCCACUGGCAUGCCAGGGCAAGAAGAGCGGAGUGCGGAAGAGGAAGGCGGCUCGCGGGGAGCCGCGACGCUCAAUCCCGUCGAUCUUCUGCUUGUAGAUUCCCAUCAGAAAUCCUCACUGCUCACUCAGUUCCCGCUGCUUGAAAGAAUGAAGGGCAAGACUCCAGACCAGCUGAAGAUCCUGGAGGAGCACUUCCUGAGGAAAAGCUUCCUCUCCCACAGCGACAUGGACAAUCUGGCGCUCACCACCCGUCUAUCCCACCGCGAAAUCGACGGCUGGUUUGCGGAGCGCCGGGCACUCCGGGAUAACCUGGAACUCGCCCUCCUCAACUCAAUGGGGACAAAGAGGACUGAGGUCGGCAAAGGCGCAACUCUGCCCCUAAAUGGGCUUCGCAAGCAAAGUUUUGGUGCGGAGGAUCUUAAAAGUGGCUCCCUGCCUCCGACACGCUCCUUUCAAAAUUCCUGCUCAGCGGCAGUCCUCAAGGACCACUUUGCUCAAACUGAGGGGGCGACUCCAUCGGAGGUUUGGCCCGGACUUGCCCGUGUUGGCCUGGCACGCUGGUUUUGCGACACCCGCUCAACACUGCACGCGGAAUUAUUCAACAACGGCGGACUGAACGGGGGUCCUGCGCUCCCAGAAAAACCUGCUUCUUCCAGCCCCCGUGGGUGCGGCAAGGAGGGCGGAGCUAAGGUUCUGGAGGCCGAGCUGGGCCGGCUGAUGGAACAGCACGCUAACGGUCUUAGCGUGCUGCAGCAUGGCGAGUUACAAGACAGCCUCGCUACCAGGUGUGAAUAACAACAAUCGUCUUAUUAACCCCCUGCUGGACACGUCGAGAACGGCGGCACACUGCAUCCUCGGUUGUCGCCUUGGCAACAAGAAGUGUGUCCCCCCUGGCCCCGAAGGAUGAUUGACAGGAGGUGUGUCCCAAACAGGAUUGUGACGGUUAGCUGGCGCGGCUAACGUGUUUCGUUCUUCAUCUGUGCGGGUGGGGCUGGCAGCCAUUUUGAUUCUGUUGCUGACUUUGGGCCUUUAGGGAGGCCUGUUGCCAUGGAGACUGAACUACAACACACCUUAGGCACUGCCUCCCCCCUACUUGCUGCAAGCUUUAGCCAUACCCACACUCGUGUGUGUGUGUGUGAGACUUUGUUUUAGUGCGUGCGCUACUUCUACUACGUGUGUGUGUGUGCGCGUGCGUGCGUCUGACUGUGUGUGCAUGUGUGUCAGUCUGUGUGAGACGUUCUUUUAUGUUUAAGUGGCCUGCUUCCACCCGUUAAAAACAAGAAUGCCGCGUGAGAGCUCGGACACACGCGCACACGUAGUGCUUGGCAACACUUAAGUCAGUCGUCGAUGUGUGCGGUGCCUGGAAUUCCGCCUGCCAUUCCCCUGCUGAGAAAGGUGGGGGGGGGGCAUUUUGGGAUCUUCACAUUCAAUCAUACUCAAAAACAAAGAAAAAGCACCUAUAGACUUUUUUUUUUUUACUGCAGCAGUGAAGUGCCAUUUUUUUUUUUCUGUCAUGGCGGACAGGCACACUUCCUGUUUUGUCCAGCCAGCUUCCUGUAGUCUCAUACAUGUUGCGUGUAACAUGUUCAUGCAACGUAAUGAACAUGUAGCACGUACACGCUACACUUGUUUGCUUUGCUAACACUUGCGAGCGUCCUCAUGUAACGCGGACUCGCAACACAUCUGGACCAAAACGCACCAGAAGUCAAUCAGCUAUGCGCGCACGCAUGCACGCACGCACGCACACACUUUCACUGCAAAAACACAAACUCUUACCGAGUGAGUUGGUCUUAUUUCUAGUGAAAUCUUCCUUUACUUAUUUUAACAGUUUGGACUUUUUAAAUAAAAUUUCAGCUAGUCUGUUUUAAGAUACAAGAUCUUAUUUUAAGAAUGUUUUCAAGUCAAUUUCUGCUACUUCCAUGGGCACAUUUUUAUACUUAAAACAAGACAUUUUGCCCUCCGAUUGGCUGGCGACCGGUUCAGGGUGUACCCCGCCUCUCGCCCGAAGACGGCUGGGAUAGGCUCCAGCAGCCCGCGACCCGCGUGAGGAGAAGCGGUAAAGAAAAUGGAUGGAUGGAAACAAGACAUUUUGUCCCGAAAAUAAGUUUUCAAAAACUGCCAAUGAAACUAGUAGGAAUUGAGUUUUAAAAUAUGAUCUUGUAUCUUAAAAUGUCUUUUUGUCUUGCUGAAAAUCUAGAAAAAAAAAUCCAAACCUUAAAAUAAGUACGUUGUUUACGUGUUUUCACGAGAAAAAAGAUGAAUACAAGAGGUAAUAUUUAGUUUUUGCAGUGUCGACGUGUGCCUGUGUACUUUAACGUAGGGAUGCACCAAUAAUGUCGGGGCCGAUACUGGACACCUCUAUGCGCACUUGUGUAAAAAAAAAAAAAAAAAAAAAGUCUGUUACACAAAAACAGGGGUUGGUUGGGUUCCUGAGGGGAAAAAAACAAAAACCCACCAAUCGGUGAAUCUCGGGUGCUGAACUGUGAAAACGCGGAGGUCCACUGUUCACAUAUUCGUAUUCAGUCUGAAGAAAAUCGUGGUAUCGGCGCGUCCCUACUUUUGACUUGUUGAAUGUCCAAGUCGGCUUCGUUCCGUCUCACUUCGUCGUCGAGGCUUGACACGUGAAUGUUGCUGCUAAGCCUAACGCAUACGUGCUAAUUAGCGCCCGAUUCCUAACAAUUCGCAUUUGGAACACGCCCUGUCCUACACGCACACACGAUUCGUCUUCGUGGCACCCUUUUUUCUCCUGCGUUACUUCUGGCUCACGUUUGUGUUUCCGUGUGACAUCCUCCAAUAAAACGCUUUUUACACCGCCAUCUUGUGCUCGCCAUCUUUACUCAUCAUGUGCGUUGGCACCGCUUUGAUUGAUUGUUGAACUUUGAGGAUCGCAUCUUAAAGCGUACCUGCCGCACGGCACCUAAAACGUGUUUUCCUAAAAGCUGGUGAGCGACUUUGGGAACGAAAGAAGACACAAAUACAAAAUGUUCGAAUGGCGAUCAAAGGCGGCAAAAGUUUUUCCGUUUUUAAUUCCCGACAGACAAGUUUGUCACCCAAGCGCUCCUCAAACUCGAUUUGUCUGCUUUUCAAGCGGGAGCGGCACACGGCCGUCGUUCCCGCGAGGUCGGUGCCGUUUACGAUCACGCUUUCUGUCAGGCUGCCGCCGUUUCUGAUCUCGCUUCCUGUCAGGGUGGCGGCGGCUCGCUUUCAUCAGCGAGCGUUUCAACUCGCUGUUCAAACGCGGCAGAAACAAAGUGCCUUUUCUCCGUUGAGGCGCGUCGUGUUCCAAAUGUCGUUCUCGGCUACGAGGGCCGAAGGACGACACGAGCGCGCGACACGGGUCUCCGAAAUCCCGGAGGAGUCGGCCACGCCCGGCGGUCCGACGGGACCUGCGAAGCGCGACAGGCGACGGCGUGCGCGGCCCGGGCUCCUCCGGGAGUUGGCUCGGCGCUGGGGAACGUCUGGAAGACAGAAACGCUUAGUGGGAAGUGACAGACUCGAGCGCCGCUUUGAAGACCGGUAGACGCCGGCGGAGUUAAUGCAGGUUAAUGCCGACGCUAUACAUCAAAAGUGAACGUGACAGACGCAACGCGUUGACGCGGUAUACGCUCGUCAGUUGUACUUGGUACCUUUAGCACAAUGCCACGCUUUGUACAACAACCGCUUCUUCAAACCUGUAGCCGCCACAACACCUGUUCCAAGCGCUGCUUUCAAAGUGUUUUCUUGAGUGGCCGACCGUUACGCUGCCAUUCCAAGUUGAAAUCGGAGGUGAAGCACAUAUGCCGUCGGAAUGACAGCAGUGAGGGCCUUGACGGCCUUCUCUGCUGGCCUAAAUGCUAUCAAAAGCGCUGACCUACAAUUACAACUUAAUUAAAUGAUUAACCCUUAUUAUUAUAUGAUAUAAUACAAAUAUAAUGUAUAUUUAGUCUUCCCAUCUUACGGCCGUGUAACAGUAUAGGUAUUUUUUUUUUUUUUCAGCUUCUAUUUGUUGCCAUGUAAAUGUAAUCUGCCCAAGGCCUUCAAAAUCACAAGCGCUGGCAUCAAACACACACACACACACACACACACACACAGUUAUUUCGUUCUGUAACCAAUAGGGUUGGGCAUUGAGAAUCGAGAACCGAUUGGAACCGGGGACUAACGUUCUGGUUCUCCUAUAGUCGUUCAAAUUUAAAAAGUUCGGUUCCCAGUUUCAAUUCCUACAGUCCGCCCACCCCGAAGAAGAAGUGGCGAAAACCAACGAAGAAGAGCGCGCGCCGAAAUGCCCUUGCGCCCAACGGAGGCCGCGGCGAACAAAAGUGAGUCUUAACUUUGUUAAAAUGAAUGACCAGUGGCCUCAGUGCAACACUUGGAAUAAGAUUAUAUUGAGCCAAGGAGUUUUUCCCGAUGUGUAUCGUCUGACGCGCUCCGAGCCUCAGCCUCCGCCGCGUGGAGCUUCAGGCAAGUCAGCUCUGUCGAUUUGCGUGAGUGAAACAAUAAAAGAUGUCUAUGCCGACAUUGAGACAGCUAACGAGGUAAACGGUUGCUUGUACUUUUGCACUGAAGGUUUUUAGUGUUUAUUUUAGUCUUCCAAAACAACGUAAGCAUCGAUGACAGGACAAAAAAAAGAAGCUUAACAUUGGGCUAAAACUUCCCCGUAGCAACUUUACAUCACAAUGAAUUGGGACAAAAGUCACAUAAAUGUUGUCUCACAGUAUCACAAACAUUAACCUUGUGUCUCAUCAGUGGGUAGGGAAAGGAAUCAGCCUUUUAGAGCAUUUGGUUCCAUCCAUUAAAAAAAAAAAUCAAUCAAUCACCGGUGCCGUGUGAAGUUACUUUUCGAGCCAAAAUGCUGAGUCCCGCUGGGUACCCUUCAAAAUAAAAGGCUACAAGCUUAAAACGUCAAGUCAAGUCAAAACUUGCACAUAUAAACCAUUUGACGUGAUGUAACAGUCCCAAAUAACCAUUUUAACAAUGCUGUAUUUAACCUUUAGCUGAAACAUUAAUUAAUGUAAAGCACAUUGAGUUACCUUGUGCAUGAAAUAUAUAUAAAUUGUGCGCUAUAUAAAUAAAAUUGCUUUGCUUAAUGAAUAUUAAGUCAAUUGAGUUAGUUCCACACACAUUUCCUUUUAGUUCAUAGGUUUGAUAUUGAUACUGAUUAUAAAGAACCCCGAGUCAGAUGUUCAUUUUAGUCUAUGCUACGCGUUGCUAAGAAAACUGAUGUUCAUAAUUUGGACACCCUUUAUUUAAACCAUGCAAACAUUUUUGACCCAGCUAAAUAGUCUGUUUACCCCUCUGAUUGGUUGAGCUGAAUACGCGCACUGGGGAGGACGAUGUCUGAUGUGAUUGAAAAUUCAUUUUCAAAAAACUCGACUUUGGGAGGUUCAGUCAAGACACAGACGGGCAGGAGGAAAGAAUGAGGUCUUUGCAUGUCUGUAUCAGCAUCUCUGUAUUUUAUUGUAUUCUCUGUAUUUUAUGUCAAGUACCAUAAUUUCGCGUGUAUAAUGCACAUUUAUUCACCCAAAAAAUUGUCAAAAGUCAAUAGUGCGCAUUAUACAUGGGUAUAGGGGAAAAUGGGGGGGGGGGGGACAAAUGUAUGCCGCCAUCUAGAGGUUAUGAAAAAGCUGUACACUUUCCUUCCAAUAUGCUAUCGCCACCUAGAGGUUAGGAGAAAAGUGUACACUUUCAUUCCAGUAUCCCCCCGCCACCUAGAGGUUAAGAAAAAGGUGUAGCCUACACUUUCAUUCCAGUAUGACAGGGGUACGUAUGACUGCAUAUAUGUACAGUUGUGCUCAUAGGUUUAUAUAGCCUGGCACAAAGUAUGACAUAUUUUAUUUUUAAAUACAACUGAUGACUGAACAACAACCAUCAUUAAUUUAUUUAUGGUUAUGUUUUGUUUAAUCAUAAUGCUUUUCUGAAAUGCUUGACAGUUUAAUUUGAAUCCCAUUAAAAUAACAUUAAAUGUGU